AACAUAAAAUGUGAAGGUUGUUGACAACAUUAUAUGAUAUAAAUUGCGAUAGUUUUAGAAGACCAUAAUAGUUGUUCUUUGCUAGAAAAUGUUUUAAGUAACGACUUUGAUUUUGAUUCCUUUCAAAAAAACACUAAUACGCGCUCGGAUUGUCAUUUUAUAAUUAGGGUUCCUCCACUGCAGUUUGCAUUUGUGGAAACAGCUAAGGCUCGUCAUAGGCCUAUAAGCCUAGGCAGUAUUUAAAAUCACCAUUGCAACAACUACGAUUGUAGCAUGACAUCGAUUUUCAUGUAAAAAAUUAUUGGUGAAUAGGACAUACUACAGCCAACACUUUGAAGUUGAAACUACUUACAAUAAGUGUCAUUCGACGCUUUUGGUUUAUUGCCCUCCGCAUGCACAUAGUGCUACGGCAGCAAUAGCAGUUUCGUGUCACACUGGAGCACCUUCAGGAGAUGGAUAUUGAUGCAUCUCCCGUGUUCGUCUCACAGGAGCCAAACAAGGACAGGAGCAAUAAUCCCGUUAGAAGUCUUUAUCAGUCAGAAUCAUCAAUGAAUUUUGAUUAUUUGCAAGGCUUGCGUGCGGACGCUACUGCCUCAGCCACAUCAUCUAGUUGUGGAAUUGGUGGUAGCACAUAUGGACUGGUGGACGACAGUAGGGCACUGGACAGACCCUUCAAUGCAAAUGAACGCUUUGUUUCCAUACUAGAUCAAUUAGAUGCACGUGUCGAGAAAUUCCGUAAGGAUGCGCUCAACUUACAAGAAAAAAAAGACUACCUUUUGAUGUCUAUGGAUCUCAUAAAAAGUAACGAAAUGCUGCAAAACAUGAGUGACGCUGAACGCGAGGAAAUUAUAUGCUACAUACAACGUGUCAACAGUCGCCUUGGCACUGUAGAGUUAAACGUACGAACAGUACGCGACAACUCUCAAGAAGAUUCGCUUAGUCAGAUUAAUGCACUGAUAGAUACUAUGAUUAAAAUGGGUGAUCCGGUCAUUGCACGUCAACGAUGUCAGCUAUAUUUGAAUGCAUGCUGUAGUAGUUCUAUGGACCCUCAUUUGGAUACGCUGCCUGAUGCCGAUAUGGGCCCUAUUGAUAAAAAAUUUGAGAGCGUUUUACUAGGCUGUACGCUGGAUGAUCAGAAAAAUAUUAAAAAACGAUUACAGGCGCUCAUGGGAUAUUUAAAUAAACAAACGGUCAGCAAUUAGUUGAAUGAAAUCAUUUUGGGCUACUUGUUUGUCCAAAUACAAAACAACCAUUUCAAUCGUUAGGCAUAAUUUUAAAUUAAUUUUAAACCGCAAAUACAAGGAAAUAAAAAUUGCACCGCAAUUAUUAACAGCAA